GAGGGCUUUGCAAGGAGAGAUGGGAGAGGCUGGGGCUUCUCUUCACACCUGGCACCGCUGAGUCCUUGGCUGGAAAACACAGCUGGGGAGAGGGAAAAUGCUGGGAUGUGGAGAGGAGCAAAAUGUGGAGAGGUGAAAAUAAGUGAAUAAGAACUCCCCCAACCUGUGGCAGCCUGGACUCGUUCUGCAGAUCUUCAAAGGGCUGGAAGCAUCAGGCCAGGACAUGGUUGUGACAGUGUGUGCACCCAUGGGUGCUGCAGCAUGUGAAUGUGACUGGGUACCAUGGCAGUGCCCCCAGCUUCCCUUAUCCUUUUCCUCUCGGUGGAAAUGGUCUCAUCCCAUCCCUGCCCACCUCCUGAGGCCGAAACACUGGUCAUCUGCAGGCUGGCACAGGGUGACCUAGGCAGGACUGGACUGCAGCACUCACCUAAGAGCCAAAAGGAGCUGCUGGGGUGGUUUAAAUCCUUCUUCUCUACCAGCUUUGCAGCCUCUGGUUUCACAGGCCAUGGCAAUUCAGGGACAGUAAACAUGAUACCUCCAGCCACAGCAGGGAUAGGGACAAGAUGCCCAAUCCAGGCAGCGGCUGCAUCUCAGCAGGGUGAGAUCUGGCACAGUGAUGCAGCAGCAUCACACAGCCCUGGUGCCACCAGGAUGCCUGUAACCCCACUCAGGGGCUGCUGCUUGCCCUGCAUCCCCUUCCCCAUGGGGUGCAGCCACUGCUCCCCCUGGACCUGCAGCAGUCGGUAGAUGACAGGGUGUUGUAACACACCAGGGAAUGAUCACGAUAACUGGAGCGGUUGCCCUGGUGCCAGGCUUGGCUGUUGCAGUGGUUGCUAAAGAGAGUGGGCGUGCAGCUUCCUCUGGGGUGAUCUGAUUUCUCUGGGAGCGUGGUGCAGGCACACUUAGGAGGAACCCUCCUCUGUGGAGCACAGACAGGACCUCUGCACUGGCAGCAGUGCUGGGCAUGCACAGGACUGUUUGCUUUUGCCGGAGGCGGGAACUAUUACCUUGUUCAUCCAUCCCGGGAAAACAUCAUCUGGCAACGAGGAGCAAAGGGAGCAAGUUUGGAAGGUGGCAGAGAGAGUGGGCACCGGCUGCUGCUGGCCAAACUACAGCCCUCAGCACUGUCCCUGUGGGGUGGUGACAGCGGCGGGGAGGCAGCACUAGUGCAGCAGCCACCUCCACGUGACUCCAUCCCUGCUCCCACUCGAGAGACGGGACAGCUCCAUCGGACCUCGCCAUAAGUGCCACAGGUGUGAGUGCAGCCGAGCAGGAGCAGAGCCAUGUCAUGGGGCAUGCGGCAACACUUGCCCCCCGGGCUCUCCAAGGCCACUCUGCAGAAAUCAGCAUCAAUGUACACCGAAAUACAGCGGGAGCAACCAGACAGUGGGAAUAUCCUGACUCAUCCAGACUACAUAGAUGGAAACCCAGACCUCAUCAAACCUAAAAAGCUCCUAAAUCCUAUAAAAGCCUCAAAGAGCCACCAAGAGCUGCACAGAGAGCUGCUGAUGAACCACAGAAGAGGUUUGAGCAUGGAGAGUAAGCCAGAGCUGCAGCGGGUGCUCGAGCACCGACGGCGAAACCAGCUGAUCAGAAAGAAGAAGGAAGAGGAAGAGGCAAAGAAAUUGCAGUGUCCUUUUGAAAAAGAGCUAUUAAAGAGGCACCAGAGACUGGACCAGUUGGAGAAAGAGCAGGAGAAGCAGGAAGACCAUGAACCAGAAUUCAUUAAAGUCAAGGAAAACCUGAGAAGAACAUCUACGGUGACUGGGGAUGAGAAAGCAGCAUAGCUUCUGCCAAAACUCAACAGGGAUCCUGCCAAGGCGGGCGCUAACACACACACUCUGACAUCUCUGUACAUGGUGGACAUUCACAGCCACAUUGCUGGGGCUACUUAUGGUUAUUAACACCUGCUCCAGUAGAAGGCACAAAAAAGGUUUUCCCAGCCAGAAGGUAUCACUGUGGAAAAGGUGCAGUAUCCACUGAAGUACUCACACAAGGAGAUGCAGAGAGAAACAAUGUUGUUUCCCCCUCAGAUUGUGGGUGCAUGCUAACAUGCAGCUAACUCUUGGUUAACCCUAGAGUCACAGCAACUCUUUAAGCCAGGGAAGCCUGUGGAGGGAUGGUUUGGGGGAUCUCUGUUUCUUCCUGGAGGCAGGAUCACCAGGCAUGGGGUAACAGGAGGGUGGCUGCAGGUCUGGAACCUCCUGGAAACCUGGUGUGAUAACUAAAAGGGAUGAUCUGUGUAUUACUGAGAACAGCCCUGGUGACCACAGUGGUUUUCCCAAGGGUCACUGUCAAGCCUGGCUAAGGCUGUGUCCCAGCAGCACACCCAUACCAUUAGAAGAGUCAACCUCUGUGUGCCCACACCAGUGCAGCACAGGAGGUGCAACUGUUCUUCACCUUUAAACUGCAUCUCAAACCUGUUGGAAAAGAGCUAUUUAGGCAGUUCCACACUCAGGCAGGAAAUACAUCAGGCUAUACCAUCAGCAUCUCAAGUGGGAAGCAAAUGCUCUGUGCAGAAAGCAAAGGUUGGAUGUUUUCAGCAUAUGGGUACAUGGAAGUGUGCAGUGACCAGGCAGCAGAUCCCUGUGGAUGUAGCAGACAGACAAACUGCUUCUUACCCCUGAACUACUGAGCUCCAGCCCCUCACCCUGGACAUGAGCUACCAUAGGAAGCCACAAAAACACAUCCUGUGAUGGAGAGGUGCUACUGACUGCAUUAGGUACUGAUGCAAAACUGUCAGCGCUUCUUAUCCUCUUUUCCAGAGAUCAGAGUUUCCUCAUUUCAGUUGCCACCUUACAAAACUAAAAAUCUUGCUACUGGUAUGGCAAAGCUGAGAUAGGUUGCUCAAAGCCAGGUUGGAUGGGGCUUGGAACAACCUGCUCUAAUGGAAGGUGCUGGAACCAGAUGAGCUUUAAGGUCCCUUCCAAUCCAAACCAGUCUGUGGUUCUAUGAGAUAGAGGGUAAAUUUGCAUCACAGUCAUGCCCUGAGGUGUCCACAUCUAGAGCUAAAAUUUCACCUCCAGGAAUAUCUCAUCUUCUUGCUUCUCACAUCAGCCCUGACUCAAAGCCUAAACAGCAUAACUUACAAACUGCCUUUAAACUGACUCUUGAAUGGCAAGCCUUGAUGGACUUAGCUGGGAAGGUAAUACCUGGUUAAACAAUAUCUACUCAUCUUCAGUGUAUCCACAAGUAAGUUAAAGGAAACUGGGCAUUUACCAUAUAUUUAUUAAAAAGUUAGUAAUCCAUUCCCUACUCUCUCUGGUCCCGUGGGGUGUUUCAUUUCAGGGGGAUGUUGCUCAGCCUGGCAGCUUGAGUAGAAUACCUGAGCCACAUCACGUGUCAAGAGCAGUGACAGAGGCAUGGGGCUUCUGCAGCUGUAAGAGCCCUUAGCUCAGUUUCCAUCCUGGAGAGCCCCAUCUCACAGCACUGUCUCUAAGGUAGUUUUUAAGCCCCUUUCUCACCAUCCAGUGCAUGUGGUCACUAUGGGGUCCAAGAUCUAAAAGGGUCUAUGAUGUCCUUUCUAACUCUGAAGCUUUUCUUAUAGGUUCUGAUUAAAACCACAUGGAAGAAGCAGCAUCAACCAUUUUUUCGGGGGGGGAGAGGGGGAAAGGCCAAAUUUCUCCAAGAAAAAAGUGUGUUGCUAAGGAUGUUUGUACACAGCUGUAAAGAAUGCUGCAUGAUGCUCCACAGAUAACAUCGGUUUAAAUCACAAGCCAGAAUUACUGUGCUGGGGUUCUGUGAGGGGUUACAGCAGAAAUAAAGUAACCUUGAUCAAAGAGCUCAAAAACAUUCAGCAAAUUAAUGUGUAAUUUUGCCACAUGUGGAAAUGCACUGCAGGAGAGGCAGUCUAUCACUCCAUAGGCACCAAUGAAAUCAGUGUUAUCAGCUCACCUGGGCUGGGAUGGGGGCAUUUAUGCAAGUCAUUGGGUGAGAGCCAUCCAGUAGCAGUAGGCUGAAUGCUCAGAUCAGCGCUGACAAGGUUGAAAACAUUUUGCUGUGAUCUUCUUGAGUAUAAAAACAUUAUCUGGAAAUAAUAACAAUAACCAAGGUGCCUCCCUAUGAUGUGGUGUGCACCAAGCACGGGGUGGGGCUGCACUCCAGUGCAGUCAUUGCUAAGAGGCACCUGGGUCAUUUUCAGUGCAUGAAACGGAGGACUAGGUCACACUGCCCUAACACAGACUGAGCUAACUGAGCCACAAGAAUUCCUUACAGCAGUGGAGAGACAGCAGAAAGCCCUGACCCUGAGCUCACCAGGACCCUGCAGGCUGUGAGCUGGGACCCAGCCACACAUCCACACACUUGACCAACCCACCAAACAGGCCACUGGCAGCUCCCAUGGGGCCAGGGCAGGCUGUGGCAGCCCCAGGGCACACAGCAGGACACACAGUGCUUCAUCACUGGCUUCAGCCCUCCGUAACAGCACAUGGGAAAUGACACUUUUACUGCUCAAGCAUCUUCCAACACAGCUCUUCCACCCCUGUGAACUGUGUAUGUUGCCUAUGUGGUAUCUAGUCUAUUUUCUGUGUUGGUGUUUAUACAGUUAUAUGAAAUGAUAUGUCAUACAACUCAACUGACACUGUUUAAUGUGGGCACUUGUGAAGAAAUAAACUAAAUGAUGAUUGUAUAUUUUGCUCUCUUCCACAAGGAACUGAAGAAGCUCUGAGGAUGCAAGCAGACAGCAGCCAAAUAAACUGAACAUAAAGACCAGUGAAGUCCAA